AUGAACGACAUUGUCGAUAUGCUGAAGAAACUGAAGCUGAAUCCCCUGGCUAAGGAGUUCUUUCCUUUAUCCUAUAAUUAUGGCCACAUGGGUGCUUACAGUUUUGUGUUUUACAAUAACAAUUUGGGAAAUGAUGGUUUCAAGAAUAACCUUAGGAGAAGAAGUAAUAACAACUCAAGCAGGAGGAGAGGGAGUGGCAGAGCUUUCAAAGCUCAAAGGGAAGACAGCAUUAGGCGAACUGUCUAUGUUUCUGAGGUUGAUCACAAUAUCACUGAGGAGCGGCUUGCUGCCUUAUUUAGCAGCUAUGGUCAAGUUGUCGAUUGCCGAGUAUGUGGUGAUCCGCACUCCCGUCUUCGCUUUGCUUUUGUGGAAUUUUCCGAUGAAUAUUCUGCUCGGGCAGCUCUUAGCCUUACUGGGACACUGAUGGGUUGCUCUUCUAUUAAGGUGUUGCCUUCCAAAACUGCUAUUCUUCCAGUGAACCCCACAUUCCUUCCAAGGUCAGAGGAUGAACGGGAGAUGUGUGCCAGGACAGUGUACUGUACAAACAUUGAUAAUAAGGUUAUAUAUCGAUUGUGA